UUAGUAUUCUACAUGGUGAGCUGAGGAACACUUCCACUCCAGGCCCGUACUACGUGGAAUUGAUGAAAGGGUCUUAUCUCUUCUUGUUCCUGUACUCAGUAGUUUAUCAUACGAUAUUUAUGACAUCCACAUUCCACAUUGUUUUUGCCAAACAUGCAAACCUACCAAGUCCAUCAGCUGAACACCGUAAUUUUCAACUAUAUACUUCACCACCAUCACCACCACCCAAAACCUCCCAUCACCCAUCAAACUUUUCCGCCUCUGAAAAACAAUAUGCCUUAGCCAUCACACUACUCCGUACCUUAGACCCAUAAACACCACAGACCGACCCACCUUUUCCAGAAAACCCCAGCUCCAACCCACCAAACGCGAUACAUCACAUCCCUCCACGCGCAACCCCCAGCCCUGAGCCGACAUAUCAACCUACCC